AUGCCAUCGCAGCCGCUGCCAGGAGGAGGCCUUCCGCGGCGAAGCAGUUCUGGGCUGCCGCCGUUGCAGGAGCAAGAACACCGGCCAGCGGUUACAUCGACAUCGACAUCGGCGCUGUCGGUGCUGCCAGGGUUGUCGACACGGGCUCUGGCGCCACAAACGCACGAGCUGCGGACAGCCCUGGCCGAAGGAACGCUGGUGACGCGGUUCCAGGCUCUACUGAUGCGAGACGACACGCGGCAGGCGUUGUUUCGUGAGCGGCUAACGGCAGGCCAGCUGCAGCAGCUGUUUGGGCUGGGACUACCGCCGACACUGCGUAUCAUGCUGAUGAACACGCUCGGCGACGUGGCUUGGUUCCGCGAGCUGCCGGCGACCGAGCGAACGGCCGUCGAGACGCGGUUCCGGGCACAACCAGGCGACGGGACAACAGCCACGCCGAUACCAGUGCCAGUGCCAUCGCCAUCUCCAUCCCCGAUCCCGGUCGAGGUGAAACGACCCAUAUUCAAGGCUCGGCGAACGGGACGGUCGGUGCUCUCGCCCACGGCCAACAGGCUGCUCCUGCACGACCGGCGCGCAUCCUCCGGCAGCAGGCUGUCGACCACGUCGUCGACAGCCUCGUCGGUCGCAGCAGCUGAUGCAAAGGCCCGACGAAGGGCGGCUAGUGACCCCCCCGUUGAGCCGCAGCCGGCAGCCAUCGCUAGCGACUUGCUACCGCCGAAACGAGCCCUCUCCGAGGCUGAAUCGGACAGCAGCAGCAGCGGCAAAAAGAGAAGCAAGCGCCCCAAGCUGAUGGGCCCCGAGACGUCGUCCGAGGCAUUGUCGGCAAAAACUCCGUCUGCUUCCUCGUCUGCAAGGAAGAAGGCGAGCGUGCCUGCAGCCCGUGAAAUCAUCGAGAUAGAAGACGACGACGACGAGGUUGCCAAGGACGCCGAUGAGACGGAAGACGACACGUCCGACAGCAACACCUCGGAAGACGAGGUCCUGGCCGACACGACGCGCUCCUCUGGCUCUGCUGCCGCACCCCAGCCGCCCAGACGGAUCCUGAAUGCACUCAGCGGUCGCCCCUACGACAUGUGGCAGGGCAAGGAGCUGCUCCUACGCUGGGACGGCUUUCCGGACGACCCACACGAGCUCCUCGAGACGGCCAAAGGCGCCGCCAUUCCCGACAACUACCAGCUCUCCGGGCCGCUGGCCACGCCUUGGGUCUGCCCCAUCCGCCCGUGUGGCCGUCACUUCUUGUCGCUGGCCAACAUGGGUCUCCAUUUCAAGAUUAAUCAUCAGUUUGCCCUGCUCCAUGACAACCUCGACGGAAGCUUCUCGCCGGUGCCGGAUGUGGCCAAGGCACCAGGUCAGCUCGGUGUCUGGGUCAUCUCCCGGGCGAAGCCGAAGCCGAAGCCAAAGCCGCAGUUGCAGUUGCAGUUGCAGUUGCAGCGGUCGGAGAAGCCAGCCACAGAACAGCCACCGGUCCUGCCGCAGCUGUCCCAAUUCCGGUCCACGUCUGGCCCGGUCAUUCCAAAAGACACGGCGCCACGAUCAGAGAGAGAGAGAGAGCGGCCAGAUCGACGUCUCCUCCUCAAAAACGAAAUCGUCAUGGCCACGCCCGGUCGCGAGUACCUGGUUCUUCCGCUCGAACUUCGUGGAACAGAGAAAAACAACAGCAGCUUUGGCGUGCCGUUGCCCGACGGCUACCAGUAUUCCACAUACCCGAAACAUCCGUGGAUCUGUCCGGUGCGCACGUGUCGGUCUGUCUUUCUCCGCAUUCCCAACCUGGGGGCCCACUUCACUCGAAAACACCGCCGCCGGCUGCUUAACGACAACGGCGACGGCACGCUCUCGGAAAUCGGCAAACACGACGCUGCCCGUGGCAUUGUGGUGUCGCAGACCCGCCGCAAGGCCGCCGAGCUCGAACCGCUAGCCGUGCCGCUUCCGCCGGGAUACAACACAGCAACAGCUGUAGCGGCAGCUGAACCAACAGAAACAACACCUUCUACAGUUUAUAAUACAGUGCCUCAUGAAGUUAUCGACACUGUGCUCUUAGGACCUUUGGCCCACACGACGCCGACGUGGGAGUACGCCCAGUCACUGCUGGUGCGGCACUGCGAGCAGAUGCCGACCAAGGGCUACGUGCCACUGUUUGCGCAGCUGGCCCGCCUGCGCGACAUUCAGUGGAACGAGCUGUGGACGGCGCGGCACCCGUUCCACGACACGCUGCCGCGCGACGUGUCCAGCCUGAUCUUCCAGCUGACGGGCGAGCGCAACAAGCUGCCAUGCCAGUACUGCCGCGAAGGCAAGGGCCCGUUUGCGGGCUGCGUGAUCCUGCCGGUCCACGCGCCUGUCGAGCUGCACGCUGCCGUCACGUGCUGUGCCAACUGCCUCUAUCACUGCGGCCAGGCGGGCUGUUCGCUCAAGACGCACCUGCGCGACCGCUUCGGCGUCCUCUUCCCGGACGUCGACCUGGACGCCGAGCGUCACCGUCUCAACCUGCCGUCGACGUCGUCAGCCGACGCCGUCACGGAUGACAGCCUAGACAGAGGCCCAGCUUCUUCUGCCUUUAGCCGCCGCUCCGAGCGGAUCGCCGUGAAGGAGUCCGUGGCCGAUGGGCUGGCAGCACCGGGAACCGACAGCGCCGGCAUGGGCUCUACUUCGGUCAAGCGCAGCCGCUCGGGCAACGCCACGCCGCAGCCGGCUCCAGCCACCGUCAUGACCGGCGCCAACGCCUCCAUCGCCGACUCGACCGGCCAGCUGCUCGAGAUGGAGGACUGGAAGGUCGCGCCCGGCCACGUCGAGGUGCAGCGAGCCGCGCGUCCCGGUGGUGAGAUCCGCACCGAGAGCGUCGCCUUCUCCAACGCCUACCUCACCACGCCCGGCCAGCUCGUCCGCAUCGACCACAACCUCUCCUUCUGCGUCCAGGUGGUCCGCCCGGGCGCCACCCAGGUGUUCAACCCCGAUGCCUCCGCCACAUACGUCUGCUCGCUGGCCGCUGGAAAGCUGCGCGUCCGCGUCGACGACGCCGAGUUCAUCGUCGGCCCCCACAGCAUGUUCCAGGUUCGGCCCGGCCAGUGCUUCACCGUCCAGAACCGGCUCUACGUCGACGCCUACCUGCACAUGUCCGCACUACGGAACCUGCCGUAG